GUGAUUUUGAAUGUGACAAGUCGACAGCUGACAGUUCGCGUAACCUGCACCGAUUCGCACGUGGCUUUCUUUUUUCGGUUCAAUAUGCAUAUUUUAGUAAAAUGGCCAGGAUUAGAUAUGUUAGACGUCUAUCCUAUAGACAGCCUGCAAGACGUCGACCUCGGUUUAAGUAUUUUACACGACCCAAGUUAUGUCGACGAGGCGAAAGGACGGACCUUCCUCGUGAAAUGGAGCGAGGACUCUGAGCCGUCGGAGGCUUUUAUCGUAGCUGCAGGAACAUCUCAUGAACUUGAGAGGAAAAGAUCAAAGUUGUUGAAGGCACUGGAACUUGUGGGUGACAUUUGCGGUGUCCGUGAGAGCGAAGCUGCAGCAUGUACGGACUGUGCUGAGAAUAAAAGAAAAAUAGAAGAGCUGGAACACGCCAAUGCACGCCUCAUGAAGAAGCUCCGCAGAGCAAAAGAGAAGUGUGCAAUGUCAAACAUGGUGGACCACAUGGAGAGCAUCAUCCAGACGGCUUCCACCCAGAAUAAUGCUGUCGUCAAUACAGCACCAAAGGUGGACAUUGGUUUGGGUGUUUGCCUAGAUGCAGGAGUCCUUCAUAGGAUUGAAAGAAGUAGCAAAGGGGACGGGACCAGGUUGGCCCGUUCCCUUAUGCGGGCAGUAUUUUUGCCCGAAGAAAUGGUGGGGCGGACCCUCUACGGGAGGCCAUGCAAUGCCCACAAGGGAGCACCCGUGAAGCCUGCCGUGGAGGAGACACGUCGUGAGGCAGUCCUUGUUUCCUCCCUGCAAUUUGGAUUGCUGGAUUGGCAUUCUUGUGCAGCGCCAUUAGCAGCAACAUCUGCUUGCUCAAGGGCUACGCAUCUUUCAAAAUGGGCACGAUGAUAAUUGGCAAAUGUCUACGCUUCUUUUCCAGCAUACACAUGCAAGAAAACGACGACAAGCUUGAGGGAGAUCAAGGAAAGUCUUGCAUCAAUGCUAUCGAAAAUGAAGUGAUUAAAUAAAAUCUUUGCAACUACA